UUCAUAGAACAAAUGUAUGAACGUAAUGACGUACAAUUUGUACAUAAAUGAACGAUUACAUUUAUAAUUUAAUGUUGAGAUUCAUAGUCUGUUCGAUCCACGCUUACAAUCCACUCAGUUCAACGACGAGUGGCAACGCUAGAGGUCAGUCCUGAGUAUUACAUCUCACGACACGUGUUGUUUUGGGUCUCCUCGAUGCUAUUCGCUGACACCCAAACAAACCGGAUGAUGGCCUCCUUCCUCUGAAUCAUAGACGUUUUUAAUGAACGCUUUUACAUCAUUAACAUUAAGGAGUACAGCUAGUGUGGAUCAAUGAUGAAGUACAUACUCGUGACAGGAGGGGUGAUAUCUGGCAUUGGGAAGGGCAUCAUAGCCAGCAGUGUGGGCACAAUACUCAAAUCCUGUGGUCUGCACGUCACUGCUAUUAAGAUCGACCCCUACAUUAAUAUUGAUGCCGGCACCUUCUCUCCUUAUGAACAUGGUGAGGUAUUCGUGCUGGAUGAUGGCGGUGAAGUUGACUUGGAUUUAGGGAACUAUGAGCGUUUUUUGGACAUCCGGCUAACCAGGGACAACAAUCUGACCACCGGCAAGAUCUACCAGUCUGUUAUAACGAAAGAGAGACGAGGGGAUUAUCUGGGGAAAACUGUACAAGUGGUGCCGCACAUUACGGAUGCUAUUCAGGAAUGGGUUAUGGGACAGUCUAAAGUCUCAGUGGACGAUGACGGUGUUGAACCAGAAGUCUGUGUCAUUGAGCUUGGAGGUACAGUUGGAGAUAUCGAGAGUAUGCCUUUCAUUGAAGCUUUCAGACAGUUUCAGUUCAAAGUGAAACGGGAAAACUUUUGCAACAUCCAUGUCAGCCUGGUCCCUCAGCCUAAUUCUACAGGCGAACAAAAAACUAAACCCACACAGAACAGUGUUCGAGAGCUUCGUGGACUAGGCUUAUCCCCAGACCUGAUUGUUUGUCGUUGUUCCACUCCAUUGGAGACGGCCGUCAAAGAGAAGAUCUCCAUGUUUUGCCAUGUAGAACCUGAGCAGGUGAUCUGCAUACAUGAUGUCUCCUCCCUCUAUAGAGUACCUCUACUGCUGGAGGAUCAAGGUAUAGUUGACUAUUUCUGCCGCAGGCUGGAUUUGCCCGUCGAGAUGAGGCAACGUAAAAUGCUUACAAAGUGGAAGGAGAUGUCAGACAGAUCUGACAGACUCUCUGAGAAAACUUCCAUUGCUUUAGUGGGCAAGUACACCAAACUGUCUGAUUCCUAUGCUUCGGUGAUUAAAGCCCUGGAGCACUCGGCCCUGGCUAUCAACUAUAAGCUAGAGGUCAAGUACAUAGAUUCUGCAGACCUGGAGCCAGCUACACAGCAAGAGGAGCCGGUGAAAUACCAUGAGGCCUGGCAGAAGCUCUGCAGUUCUGAUGGAGUUCUUGUUCCUGGAGGCUUUGGGGUACGAGGUACUGAGGGAAAAAUUCAAGCCAUCAACUGGGCUAGAAAGCAGAAAAAGCCGUUUUUAGGUGUUUGUUUGGGUAUGCAGCUGGCAGUGUGUGAAUUUGCUCGUAAUGUUCUUGGUUGGGAAGAUGCCAAUUCCACAGAAUUUGAUCCAGAAACAAAACACCCUGUGGUGAUUGAAAUGCCAGAGCAUAAUCCUGGGCAGAAGGGAGGAACCAUGCGGUUGGGGAAAAGACGGACCAUGUUCAAAAGCAACUCCAGUGUUAUUCGAAAGCUGUAUGGAGAUGCUGAAUAUGUGGAUGAAAGGCACCGUCAUCGCUUUGAGGUGAAUCCAGAACUGAAGCAUCACUUUGAGGAGAGAGGGUUCCGAUUUGUGGGUGAAGAUCUGGAGGGGGAACGAAUGGAGAUCAUUGAACUUGAGGAUCAUUGUUAUUUUGUUGGCGUACAGUUCCACCCUGAGUUCACCUCUCGUCCCAUCAAACCCUCACCACCUUAUUUUGGCCUUUUACUGGCAGCAUCUGGGAAACUGCAGAACUACCUGCAGAAAGGCUGUAGACUCUCACCUCGGGAUACUUACAGUGACCGGAGUGACAGCAGUUCACCAGACUCCGAUAUCUCUGAGAUUAAAUUCCCAUCAGUUGCUUAAAAGAACAAAAAAUGUAUUUAUGACAGCAUUUCAUGAUAUUAUGAAUUUGAAUAAAUGAUUAUAAAAUA